CUCUAUUCAAGAUCCAAACUGUAAAUUUUUUAUAUUUAGUGAAAUUUAAUUCUUGAUAAUUGUAUAAAUAAUUGUACAAAAUUGUGGUAAGUCAUAAUCUUUUAGUACUUUUUAAGAAAAAUAAAUAAAUAAAAAGCUGAAGUACUUGUAACUACUUCCUCUGUUGUUUUGGCUAUUGAGCGAUCAGUUCCUGAAUGAUGGUGACUGUAAAUCUGAAGUCGCUGCUGAUAUUCUCAGCAUUUCUUAGGCUGUUUUUGAUAAUUUACGGAGAAUGGCAAGAUACCCAUAUGGAGGUUCGAUACACAGAUGUGGACUAUCUUGUUUUCUCAGAUGCAGCUGCUUUAGUUGCUGCCGGAAAAUCCCCUUAUCAAAGAUCUACAUAUCGUUACUCACCCUUGAUUGCUUUUCUUCUUGUGCCCAAUUCUUUCAUUCAUCCUUCUUGGGGAAAGUUUAUCUUCUCCGCUUCAGAUCUUCUCGUGGGAUUUCUUAUCAACGCCAUUCUAAAGCUAAGAGGGGUGCCUGAGAAAUUAUGCACCUAUUCAGUGAUGGUAUGGCUUUUGAAUCCAUUUACCUUUACCAUUGGAACUCGUGGGAAUUGUGAGCCCAUCAUCUGCGCCAUAAUCCUUUGGAUUAUUCUAUGUCUAAUGAAUGGUCGUUUAGUACAAGCUGCAUUUUGGUAUGGGCUUGUCGUCCACAUGAGGAUCUAUCCAAUAAUUUAUGCUCUUCCAAUCAUUUUAGUUCUUGAUCCCCUGUUCUUCCAGUAUGGUACAAAACCUGCUCUUGUGAAUUGGAGUUCUAGAAAAAGCAAGUCACAGCAGACUUCCAGCUGUAAAAAGCUUAUGGAUCCUUGUUGUAUAUGCAACUUUUUAACAAGCCUUUUUACCUGGAGGAGGAUAAUGUUUGGGCUUAUUUCUGGAGCUUUGUUCUUUCUCCUUACCGGGAUUUUCUUCUUUUUAUAUGGCUGGGACUUCUUGCAUGAAGCACUGCUCUAUCAUCUCACACGUACAGACCCGAGGCACAAUUUUUCAAUUUAUUUCUACCAUAUAUAUCUGCACUAUGAACACGAGUUAUCAAACUUGGAAAAGCUCGUCUCAUUUCUGCCUCAGAUUAUGGUGCAGCUAGUUCUUGUUUUCCGCUUUGUGCAGGAUUUUCCCUUUUGCUUCUUUGUGCAGACUGUGGCAUUUGUCGCAUUUAACAAGGUUAUGACUGCUCAAUACUUUGUUUGGUUCUUCUGUCUCUUGCCGCUAAUCCUGCCAUGGACCAACAUGAAGCUCAGAGGAAAAGGAUUGGUCUGCAUCUUGCUGUGGAUGGCAGCUCAGGGCCACUGGUUAUUGUGGGGUUAUUUGCUUGAAUUCAAAGGAAAGAAUGUCUUUCUUCAACUCUGGGUGGCAGGUUUGCUAUUCUUGGCUGCAAAUACUUUCGUUCUUAUCAAUAUUAUCCAGCAACACACAUAUAGUCCAGUCUUCCAACAGUCAUCUCGUGCCGCUUCAAAGAAACAUGUCAAACAGAGAUGAGGAAUCAGAUGAUAUACCUCCUAAUUCAAUGGGGGAGGAAUUUUCGAGCUAGUAGUGUAUUUUGCCAUGUUCGGAACUUGUAGAGCCUUUCAUCAUCAGGCAAAGCACUUGGCUUUUUCAUA